AGUCUAAACUCUGAAGUCUCCGCUCCUCUAUUGCCAAGCAACGGUAGAGACUAGAGAGUAGAGAACACAUCUCCGCGGUCAUCCGAGGCGGUGAUCAUUCAAAUCUCGUUCUACCUUGUCUUUGAUUUUGCAGGAAUGGCCAGAAAUCUUGCAUUUCUGGUUCUUCUUCUUCUUCCAUUGUCUAUAUCUGAAGCUACGACUUUUCGGCCGAUCGCCGAUAGCCACCGAUCUGCCGCACUAGAGCUGUUUUCAUCAGUCGAUGGAUCUUAUGGAAGCUUAGAAGAAACGUAUCAAGCGCUAAGAACAUUUCAGAUUCUUGGCAUAGAAGAGAAUGUUGAUCUAAGUAAAUCCACGUGUGCCCUCAUUGAUGAAAAGCUUAGAUCUUCAUCUUCGAGUACAAAAGAUUUGUUUUACGCUCUAAGGGUUAAUAGCAUAUUGAAAUGUGAUGUCAAUGCUGAAGUUUUUGAGGACAUUGCUUCAAAGCUUCAAGUUGUUGUUAAGGAUGCAAGUUCUUUGCUUGAUUUCUACCAUUCAAUUCGGAGCUUGGUACUUAUCAAGGGUGAGAAUUCUAAAAGCAAUGUUCAUCUGGCUGAUGCAGAUGGGAUUUUUCAUUCCAUUAAGGCUCUCAGCCAGAGCGACGGAAGGUGGCGCUAUAGUUCUAGUUCUAACGGUGCUGAACCUAGCACUUAUGCUGCUGGGUUAGCACUUGAAACAAUUGCUGGAGUUGUUUCGUUGGCAUCCUCUGAGUUUGAUCAAUCUAUGAUAGGUAAAGUGAAGAAUGAUAUUGCCAAGAUUUUUGACAAUAUAGAGAGUUAUGGUGAUGGGGCAUUCUAUUUUGAUGAGAAACUUGAGAACCAGGGCCCUCUUUCAACUACUUCAUCAGUAGUGCGUGGAAUAACAACAUUUGCAGAUAUUGUGUCUGGGAAGCUAAAUCUUCCAGGAGAUAAAAUUGUUGGUUUAGGAAAAUUCUUCCUUGGCAUUGGGAUUCCUGGCACAGCCAGGGACUUAUUUGACCAGCUAGAUUCUUUAGCUUGCUUGGAGAACAAUAGUGCUGCUAUUCCACUGAUUUUAUCACUUCCAGCUACUGUUCUUUCAUUGACUCAGAAGGACCAGAUGAAGGUUAAGGUCAAUACUGUGCUGGGGUCCACAUCGCCUCCUCUAACAGUAAAACUUGUGCAAUUGGGUUCAAGAGAUACCUCUCUUGUUGAGAACCAGGAACUCAAGUUUGACCCUGAAAGCUCAGUCUAUUCCUUUGUCUUGCCAAAGACUGUUGAUGUGGGAAAAUACAUAUGCAUUUUUGAGGUUGUGCUUCAUGAUCCUGAGCAUGAUAAAAUUUAUGCCACUGGAGGCCAGUCUCAAGCACCAAUAUUUGUUACAGGAUUAAUUAGAAUUGACAAUGCAGAAAUUGCUGUCCUGGAUGGUGAUCUUGGAAGCAUAGAGACCAAGCAAAAGCUAGAUUUAUCUGGAAAAACUGCAGUCUCACUGUCAGCAAACCAUCUCCAGAAGUUGCAACUAUCCUUUCAAAUGGCCAGUCCUCUUGGCAAUGUCUUUAAUCCAAACCAGGUCUUCCUCAAGUUGAUACAUGAGACCAAAAUUGAGCACAUCUUUGUGGUGGGAAACACUGGAAAACAAUUUCAGAUAACUCUAGACUUUCUCGGUCUGGUUGAGAAGUUCUACUGUCUUUCAGGAAGAUAUGACAUUCAAAUUACAAUUGGUGAUAUUGUCAUGGAGAACUCAUUCUUAGGGGCUUUGGGCCAUGUUGAGUUAGAUCUACCUGAGGCACCUGAAAAGGCAACACGCCCUCCUCCACAACCUGCUGAUCCGUACAUGAGAUAUGGGCCCAAACAGGAGAUAACCCACAUCUUCAGGGCACCUGAGAAGCGUCCACCAAAGGAACUCUCUCUUGCUUUCUUGGGUUUGACCCUUCUACCACUUGUUGGAUUCUUAGCAGGGCUCUUACACCUUGGAGCGAACCUAAAGAAUUUUCCUAGCUCAGCAGUAUCAGCUACAUUCGCCACCCUUUUCCAUGUUGGCAUUGCAGCAGUUUUGCUCCUUUAUGUGCUUUUCUGGUUGAAGUUGGAUCUGUUCACAACUUUGAAGGUAUUUGGAUUUUUGGGGGGCUUCCUGCUAUUUGUGGGCCACAGAACGCUCUCUCACAUUGCCUCCAAGUCAGACAAAUUGAAAUCUGCCUGAGUGGACAGUUCAAUUUUGUAGGCCCCUCGAUAAUAUUUAUGUAGAAAAAUGUCAGUGCAACCCAUUUUGGUCUAUUGAAAAUGUAACAAUUAGGUCACAUGUUCUAACAGGGUUAAAAACUCUUACUCAAGAAGACCAAGGUUCAAAGUUUCAGUAUCAGUCUUGAAAAGACAAUUUUAACAAUUUUUUUUUCGGUGGAUACAGUCGAUGUGUUAGGGAAUCCGACAUAAAUCUUGCAGACACAUCAGAUUUUUGGUACAAAUCUUACAAACACAUCAAUAACACUAAUUUUGCCGCUCUAUUGGCCAUGAAUAAACACAAAAGAAUAUUUUUAAA